GAACCCUACGGCGUCAUGGCGGAGGCCGGUUGUCGGAAGACCCUGGAUUGAAAUGCCAGCUUUAAACUAUUCCAGUUGACCGACGAGCUCUAGACUUCGCGUACACCUUUAAGGGAGAAGGGGACUAUACUCGUUUUCUGGAGCGGGAGAAAGGGCCAAAUUGUAGCAGUUCUUCCGAACGGAGCCGUUUGUGGCUGCUCUCCCUAACUGGGAGCUAGCUGGCUAACGUGAAGCAGCGUUAGCUCUGCUAGCUCUGCUGCUAGCUCACUAAAUAAAAGAAGAAGGAUCCGUGAACAAGUGGGACGGUAGAUUCUAACAAGCAUUUCACCGGAGUUUGUCAGGUUAACCACGUAGAACUUGGUGAAGGUUAUUGGGGGGGAAGUCUGUAUUCUGGACUUCAGCAUGGCAGGUCGCAGUGAGGAUGAAAGUGUAAGCAACAGCAGUGGAGAAUCAAGUAAUUCUGAUGAUGAAUCCGGUUCUGGAUCGGGAUCGGCAUCGGGGUCUGGCUCAGGCUCCAGUUCCAGCUCCUCCAGCAGCAGCAGCCAGUCAGGGAGCAGUGACUCAGGAAGUGGCUCAGACUCUGGCAGCCAGUCAGAUUCUGACACAGAAAAAUCCAAGGAGAAGAUUGAACCACCAAAUAAGUCAAACAUUGAUGGAGCUGAGUUCUGGAAGUCUAACCCAAGUAUCCUAGCAGUGCAGAGGUCUGCCAUGCUCAGGAAACAGCAGCUCCAGCAGCAGCAGCAACAGCAACAAAGACAAAGCUCCUCAAAUAGUGGAUCUGAUGAGGACUCAUCAAGCAGCGAUGAAUCCGACUCAUCUAGCAGCUCCAAGAGGAGAAGAAAUUCAGGCUCCUCUGACUCUGGAUCAGGUUCUGGAUCAGGGAGUGGAUCUGGAUCAGACUCCUCAGCAGAGGACAACAGUGAUGAGACCGCAUCAGAUUAUGAGCCCAGUCACAAAACAAAAAGCAGAAAGCCUCCAACCAAGAUGAAUUUUCGCAACGGGAAGAAAAGCAGCAAUCAGAAGAAGAAACCCCAGAAGGGUUCAUCAUCUGAAGACGAGGACGACAGCUACAAGAAGGCGGUGUCAUCAGGGCCGCGGCGACAGGCCACCGUCAACAUCAGCUACAAAGAGGAUGAGGAGCUGAAGACGGACUCCGAUGACCUGGUGGAGGUGCUGGGAGAGGAUGUCCCACAGCCUGAAGAAGAUGAGUUCGAAACGCUGGAGAGAGUAAUGGACUGCAGAAUAGGAAGGAAAAGAGCGACUGGAAGUGUAACAACAGUAUACGCCGUAGAAGCAGACGGGGACCCCAACAUAAACUUCAACCCCAACAAGGAGGCGGGUGAUGUUCAGUAUCUGAUAAAGUGGAAGAACUGGGCCCACAUUCACAACACCUGGGAGACAGAAGAGACACUGAAAUUACAGAAUGUCAAGGGCAUGAAGAAACUGGACAAUUUCAAGAAGAAAGAGCAGGAGAAAAAGAAAUGGUUAAAGGCGGCAUCUCCAGAGGAUAUAGAGUAUUUCAAUUGUCAGGAAGAACUGAUGGAUGACCUGCACUCACAGUAUCAGCUUGUAGAAAGGAUUAUCGGGCAUUCGAACCAGAAGUCGGCGGCUGGUUACCCAGACUACCUGUGCAAGUGGCAGGGGUUGCCAUACUCAGAGUGUAGCUGGGAAGACGGUGGUCUUAUUGCCAAGAAAUUUCAGAAAUGCAUCGACGACUACAUGAGCAGAAACCAAUCCAAGACCAUUCCGUCUAGAGACUGCAAGGUGCUGAAACAGAGACCCAGGUUUAUGCCCAUGAAGAAGCAGCCAACGUACAUCGGAGGUGACGGCCUGGAGCUACGAGACUACCAGCUGGACAGUUUGAACUGGAUGGCCCACUCUUGGUGCAAAGGCAACAGCUGCAUCCUCGCUGAUGAAAUGGGGUUAGGGAAGACCAUCCAGACCAUCUGCUUCCUCAACUACAUGUUCAAUGAGCACCAACUGUACGGGCCCUUCUUACUGGUGGUUCCUCUUUCAACGUUAACCUCCUGGCAGAGGGAAAUCCAGCUGUGGGCCCCCCAGAUGAACGUCGUGGUCUAUCUGGGAGACAUCAGCAGCAGGAACAUGAUCAGGACACACGAAUGGAUGCAUGUUCACACCAAGAGACUGAAGUUUAACAUCCUCCUCACAACAUAUGAGAUUCUCCUUAAAGACAAGUCGUUUUUAGGAAGUGUUAACUGGGCCUUCAUUGGUGUGGAUGAGGCGCAUCGACUGAAGAACGACGACUCCCUCCUUUACAAAACCAUGAUCGACUUCAAGUCUAAUCACAGGCUUCUGAUCACAGGAACGCCUCUGCAGAACUCCCUCAAAGAGCUCUGGUCCCUGCUGCACUUCAUCAUGCCUGAGAAGUUUCAUUCUUGGGAGAUGUUUGAGGAAGAGCAUGGUAAAGGAAGAGAUUCGGGCUACACGAGUCUGCACAAGGAGCUGGAACCUUUUCUACUGCGUCGAGUUAAGAAGGAUGUGGAGAAGUCUCUUCCUGCUAAAGUGGAGCAGAUCUUGAGGGUGGAGAUGAGUGCUAUCCAGAAACAGUAUUACAAAUGGAUCCUGACCAGGAACUACAAGGCUCUGAGUAAAGGUACUAAGGGCAGCACGUCAGGCUUCCUGAACAUCAUGAUGGAGCUGAAGAAGUGUUGUAACCACUGCUACCUUAUCAAGCCUCCAGAGGACAACGAGUUCCUCAACAGAGCAGAAGCCUUACAGCAACUGAUCCGCAGCAGUGGCAAGUUGGUUCUUUUGGACAAGCUGCUGGUGCGUUUAAAGGAGCGAGGCCACAGAGUGCUAAUCUUCUCGCAGAUGGUACGGAUGCUGGAUAUCCUGGCGGAAUAUCUGCGGAGCCGGCAGUUCCUUUUUCAGCGAUUAGAUGGCUCAAUCAAAGGGGAGAUGAGGAAGCAGGCUUUGGAUCAUUUCAAUGCUGAGGGCUCAGAGGACUUCUGCUUCCUGUUAUCUACACGUGCUGGUGGACUGGGUAUCAAUCUGGCAUCAGCAGACACAGUAGUUAUCUUUGACUCUGACUGGAACCCCCAGAAUGAUCUUCAGGCUCAGGCCAGAGCUCACAGGAUUGGACAGAAGAGACAGGUGAAUAUCUACCGACUGGUGACCAAGGGCUCAGUGGAGGAAGACAUCAUUGAAAGAGCAAAGAAGAAGAUGGUGCUGGAUCACCUUGUUAUUCAGAGGAUGGACACUACAGGGAAAACUGUCCUCCACACGGGCGCUGCUCCAUCCAGUUCAGCACCGUUUAACAAGGAGGAGCUGUCUGCGAUUUUGAAGUUUGGUGCUGAGGAGCUUUUCAAAGAGCCAGAGGGUGAAGAACAGGAGCCUCAGGAAAUGGACAUCGAUGAAAUCCUCAAAAGAGCAGAGACCAGGGAGAAUGACCCUGGACCCUCCACAGUGGGAGAGGAGCUGCUGUCUCAGUUCAAGGUGGCGAACUUCUCCAUGAUGGAAGAUGAAGAAAUAGAUAUCGACUCUGAACGUAGCCAGCGGAGUUGGGACGAUAUCAUUCCUGAGGAGCAGAGGAGGAGAAUGGAGGAGGAGGAGAGACAGAAGGAGCUGGAGGAAAUAUACAUGUUGCCACGCAUGAGAAACUGUGCCAAACAGAUAAGCUUUAACGCGAGUGAGGGCCGACAGAGCAGAAACAGGAGAUACUCUGGGUCAGACAGUGACUCCACCUCAGAUCGAAAGAGGCCAAAGAAGCGAGGGCGGCCUCGGACCAUUCCACGGGAAAACAUCAAAGGCUUCAGUGAUGCUGAGAUUCGGAGGUUUGUAAAGAGUUACAAAAAAUUUGGAGGACCACUGGAACGGUUGGAUGCAAUUGCUCGUGACGCUGAACUUGUGGAUAAGUCUGAACAUGACUUGAAACGUCUGGCAGAGACCGUUCACAAUGGCUGUGUGAGAACACUACGAGAAAACCCGUGUGGACCAGAAAAGACAUCAGGAGGCAGGAGAGGGAAGGUGAAAGGCCCCACCUUCAGGAUCUCUGGUGUCCAGGUAAACGCCAAGCUCGUCAUCUCCCAUGAAGAAGAGCUGGCUCCGCUCCACAAGGCCAUUCCUGCUGACCCCGAAGAGAGGAAGAAGUAUAUGAUUCCAUGCCACUCAAAGGCAGCACACUUUGACAUCGACUGGGGGAAAGAGGACGACUCCAGCCUCCUCAUCGGAAUUUACGAGUACGGCUAUGGGAGCUGGGAAAUGAUCAAGAUGGAUCCUGACCUCAAUCUCACACACAAGCUCCUACCGGACGACCCUGACAAGAAGCCUCAAGCGAAACAGCUUCAGACCCGAGCAGACUACCUCAUCAAGUUACUGAGCAAAGACCUGGCCAAAAAAGAAGCCCAGAAACAAGCAGGGACAGCCAACUCACGAAAGAGGAAACCAAGAAGUAAAAAGAGCAAAACACUGAAGCCUGCUAAGCCUGAUGAGGUGAUGAAGAGCCCGUCCUCAGAUCCUCCAUCAGACAGGAGAUCAGACGAUGACGAUGAUGCUGAGGAGGAAAAGGAGACGACACCAGUGAAGACACCGAGCAGACGGAGCCGAACUGAGCGGGUGGUGGUGAAGGAGGAGGAGGAAGACGAGGACGAGGAGGAAGAGGACGACCAGGAGGACGGUUCUUCGUCAGGGGAGAGGGAGGUCAAAGACAAAGAGAUCAAGAAAGAAUGCAAGAAGGAGAAAAAGGAGGACAGCUGGGACAUGAAAGAGUCAAAAGACCUGAAGGAGAAGAAAGAAGCCAAGCCUCAGGAGACGCACAAACAGGAAGAGGCCACGGAAAAGAACGAAAUAAAGAGUGAGGCACGAGAACGGACAAAGAAGGCCUCUGACACGCCGAUCCACAUUACGGCCAGUGGAGAGCCUGUGCCAGUGUCUGAGGAGUCGGAGGAACUGGACCAGAAGACCUUCAGCGUGUGUAAAGAGAGGAUGCGGCCGGUGAAGGCGGCGCUGAAGCAGCUGGACCGACCGGAGAAAGGCCUGUCUGAGCGCGAGCAGCUGGAACACACCAGACAAUGCCUCAUCAAGAUCGGAGAUCACAUCACCGAGUGUCUGAAGGAGUACUCCAACCCCGACCUAAUCAAACAGUGGAGAAAAAACCUGUGGAUAUUCGUUUCUAAAUUCACUGAGUUUGACGCCAGGAAGCUACAUAAGCUAUAUAAGCAUGCAAUCAAGAAAAGACAGGAAAACGCCCAGGCAAUGGAGCAGAACACUAGAACUACAAACACCCACGGCUAUAAACAUGCAGAUAUCGAGCGUCUGAAGGACAACUCCCACCAGGACGACAGCAGCAGGGACAGCUACAGCUCCGACAGACACCAGCCCUCGUCUCGAUACCACGAGAGCAGCAGCAGCAAAGACAGGCACGGCUCGUCCGAAGCCCACCGCAAGACGUCGACGGGGGAGUCCAGGAAGAGACCCUACUCCUCCUUCAGCAACGGCAAAGACCACCGAGACAGAGACCACUACAGGCCGGACAGCAGGGACCGGGACAGGCAGGACAGGUACUACAGCGACAGUAAGCACAGGAAACUGGACGACUACCGCUCCAGCAGAGACCACCGGCUGGACGUCAAGGACCACUCCCACUCGGACCACCGCUCCUCCUAUCGCUACCACUCGGACUGGCAGUCGGACCAGGGCCGGGGGGCCUCGGGCGGCGGGCCCCGCUCGCCCCGAGACCAGCGCUCGCCCUACGACUCCCGCUCGCCCAUGGGACACCGCUCGCCGUUCGAUUACUCGUCGGACCACAAGAGCACGCCGGAGCAGAUCUGGAGCGGCCGCAAAACAUAACAGGAGCUGCCCGGGCCUGCUCCGCGCCGAGCAGCCGCAGACCGGACUAACACAACACAGCAGAGGCCUUACAGGGACUGCGGACCGCAAGCCGAAGCUGGGCCAAGCACUGUGGACCCGUCAGUCAGUCAGUUCAGCAUGGCUGUCCUCUUCCUCCUUUGGCUUCAGCUGCAGCACAUCUCAGAUCCUGGAGCCGGACCACAUGGAGCGGGUCGCACCAGGCAGCAGAUCACAAAGCAAAGCAUAUUUUUCUAUUUAAGAGUUUAAAGCUGCGUGGACUCGAUGGCGCGCGGCACUAUGUUGUCGUUUCUUUUUUGGGGGUUAUUUUUAUAAAGUUUUUUAACUCUGGAAAUGGACUAAAUCGACCCUGAGUGCUGCCUCAUACCCCACCCCCACCCACCCCCCCAUGACACUGGAUCCUGUAUUUGACUGUUCUCCAUGUUCGUCCGUCUGUCUGUCGUCCGUCUGUCCGUCUCUCUUCCAUCACCCUUAAUGUGAUGAUCUACCUUUAUUUAAGUGUUAAAGCGGCGAGAAGUCACGAAUCCCGUUACAGGUCGACGUCGAAGGUGUCUGCUGGGCUCCGGCCCACCACCUGAAGUACCUCAUUUACAGCAUUUCUCAUUUCCUGAUCAGGUUUUUCUUUUUCCAUCCUGAUGCGUGAAUUAUUUAAUAACAUAUCUUAGCUGUAAAAAAUAAUCAUUUUUUUUAUGUGAGCGACUUGUAUCAUGUUUUUUUUCUCUCCCCUUCAGUAAUACUGUUGUAAAUUUUUGUAAAAUAGUAAAUCAGUGGUCUUUUUCCUCAGGCUUUUUUGGAUUUAUUAUGACUCUACUUUUCCCAUUCAACUCAGGCUUUUUUGUCGUUCUACGAGUGAGUUUCUGUACAAUAGUUCUUUCAUAUUAAUGCUUUCAGAAUGUAACUUUUGGUAAAGGGAAAGUUCUUUAACAACAUUCAGUUUUAUCACUUAGAUCUUAUUAGUCGUCUCAGUUCGUGCGAAUCAGCGAGAUGGAAAGAAACGCCGUCUUUCACAUAGAAGCACCUCCUAGAUCUUAAAGUAGACUUUUUACAUACAUCCCUUUUCGUUUUUUUUUUUUUCUUUUCUUUACCUUCUCAUUUCAUUUUCUACGUAGGCAAUAAUAAUGUCAAUGUUCUAUGCAGCCAAGUAUAUUUGGUGAACCACCCAAACUGAAUGAAGUCACUGUUACGGUUCACUCUGUUGUACAUAAAUUUCCUCUAUAUUUCAAAAUGGAAUUUACACUGAAAGUGCAUGAAUUUUUAUGAACUGUUUUAUAUAGUUGUUUAUGAAGCCAUUAAAAUCAAUCACUGUACUCACUCGUAU